GAAGCUCUUACAGUGAUGCAGCCAUGAGUCCAUGCUGCUGCUAAAAACAGCAUCAAGAAAAAAAGGCACAGACGCUCACGGCUCAUUUAUUGUGGUUUAUGACACUUGAAGCAGACAUUAUUUAGUAGACUGACAGGACAUGAUGGCAGAUGGUGAGAAUGUUGAGCUGCCAAACACAGCUGGUCGUAACCUGAAGGAAUGGCUCCAGGAACAAUUUGGCAACAGGCCUCUGGAACAGAGUGAGGACAUGCGUCUACAUAACGCUGCCCAUUUGGGAGAUCUAGACACUCUCAGGACCCUACUACAAGAAGACAGCUUCAAACAGCGAAUCAACGAGAGGUUGAUUUGGUCAUGUGGUUUGCUGCCCUGCACGCCCCUGCGUAUUGCUGCCAUGAUGGGUCACAGCAAAUGUGUGGAGUAUCUGAUCUCUCAGGGAGCUGGAGUGGACCUGGUGGAUGUGAAGGGUCAGACUGCUCUGUUCAUGGCUGUGGUUAAUGGACACCUGGACUGUGUGAAGAUCCUUCUGAAAGCCGGUGCUGAUCCGAAUGGCAGCAGGCAUCACCGAAGCACACCUUUAUACCACGCUGCACAAGUGGGCCGAGUGGACAUCCUACGAGAGCUGAUCAGGUUCAAUGCUGAUGUUGAUAUUGACCACCGGCUGGAACAGAGGGCUAUGUUCGGCACCCGCACUUUGGCAACUCUGGCAGUCUGUCCAUUGUUCAUUAGCGCUGCUUACCACCACUUCCCCUGCUUCCGGAUGCUUCUGAAUGCCGGGGCCAACCCGAACUACAACUACAAUGGCCCCGUGAGCAGGGAAGCGCUGGUCAGGGGCCGGGCCUCCUGUAUGCUGGAUGGCGUUCUAAAACUCGGAUGCGAACCAGCCUUUGUUCGCUUGCUGCUGGACCAUGGCGCUGACCCGUAUCUAGUCCCCUGGGACGAGCUCGAUCCUGAAACCAUGGUUCGCUUAAAGGUCAACGCUGAAGCCCUUCGAAUCUACCAGGAGGCCAAAAGAAACCCGAGGAGAUUGAUGCACCUGUGCCGCAUUACAAUCCGGAAGAUCAUGGGCAAGAAGGGUCUGUCAUGUAUCUCUUCCCUUCAGCUGCCAGAAACCGUCAAAAGAUUUAUGCUUCACGAGGAUUGAUGUGGCUCUGCUUCUCCAUGGAGAUGGUCGAUUAACUCGAGGGUGUAAGUGGCCACUUGCUCCUCAGCAUUACUUACAUGGAAACCAGUGGCUUCCAAGGUAAUGCAAUAUUUCUGUAUUGGUUUUGGGGGAAAAUCUGUGGUACAUGGAGCUGAGAAUACUACACUCUUAUUGUGAGUAUAAUGCAUAAGUAUAUUAGCAAAAAUAGUUAAUUAACAUGCUGUUGCUGCCAUUUUAAGAGAGUUUUAUAUACCCAGCUUUGCACCUUGCCAAAGAACACCUCUUACCAGUAGUAAAAUCACUGUGACACAGUACCUUUUGUGGCUUAUUGCUUUAAUGAAAGACAAUAUCGAUUGAACACCACUGAUGAGAGAAAAUCAUAUUGAUAUUAGUCUUAUUUUUGUUAUUUUAGCUUGUGCUAACAUCUGUUACAGCAUUAAAGUAUUCACUAUUUAUAUUUAAUUAAUAUUAUUAUAAUUAUCAUAUUGGUGCUUUUUUAUGUUUUUAUAUUGCCUACAUGUGAAUAUAAUGCUGAAAAAUUACCUUAUGUAGUCCCUGUAUUUUUGCAUUACAGUAGUGUGAAGCACUCCUAUACUUUAUUAAAGUAGCUUCAACUUUCCUUGAAUAUUUUAAUUUGUUGCAACUUUUGUUUACUUUUUUUUUUUUUUAUCCAGAUAAAUAUUUUAUUUUUUUUACUCUGAUACAUUCUGAUUGUCUAAUUUUUCAUUACCCUGAUUAAAAUGUUUGUUUCAGUUCUUGCGAAAA